GUCUCUGGGCACUUUCUAAAAGUUUUCUAAAAUUUAUAUAUGGUGAUGGGGUGUGGGACAAUCCGGUAUUUAUAUUCCCUGUGUUAUGAUUCAGUCAAGGGCCCCGCCGCCGCCAUGUCCAGCUCGUUCGAGCUCUCGGUGCAAGAUCUCAACGACCUGCUCUCGGAUGGCAGCGGCUGCUACAGCCUCCCGAGCCAGCCCUGCAACGAGGUCGUCCCGAGGGUCUACGUGGGCAACGCGUCUGUGGCUCAGGACAUCACCCAGCUGCAGAAACUGGGCAUCACCCACGUCCUGAAUGCUGCCGAGGGCAGGUCCUUCAUGCACGUUAACACCAGUGCUAGCUUCUACGAGGAUUCUGGCAUCAUCUACUUGGGCAUCAAGGCCAAUGACACGCAGGAGUUCAACCUCAGUGCUUACUUUGAAAGGGCCGCAGACUUCAUUGACCAGGCGCUGGCCCAUAAAAAUGGCCGGGUGCUUGUCCAUUGCCGCGAGGGCUACAGCCGCUCCCCAACGCUAGUUAUCGCCUACCUCAUGAUGCGGCAGAAGAUGGACGUCAAGUCUGCUCUGAGUACUGUGAGGCAGAAUCGUGAGAUCGGCCCCAACGAUGGCUUCCUGGCCCAACUCUGCCAGCUCAAUGACAGACUAGCCAAGGAGGGCAAGGAUCCUGAAACUGACUCACUGGACAGAAUCGAGACUUGGCGGCACCAUGAGAAUGGAGAGAGAGAGAGAGAGAGAGAGCAAAGAAAGAAACAGCCUUUAAAAGAACUUUCUAAGGGCGGUUUUUGAACCACGCUGGACCUUGUAUGUGUGCACAUUUGCCAGAGAUUGAACAUAAUCCUUUUGGGACUUCACGUUCUCAUUAUUUGUAUGUCUCCAGGGUCACACAGAGC